CCUUGGUAAAAUAUACUAUCUUAAUACAUAAUGAAAACACAAAAUAAAAGAACAGUGUAGCCUACCUUAAAGACCCGGUUCGAUGAUCACUUGUCGCAAAAGCUAAGUAAAGGAACAGGUCUAUAAUUUUUACAUACCACAAAUGCACAUACCAUCAUUCAAAAUGUUGCGCCCAGUAGCUGUGGGCGCGCCCAUUCACAAAGUGGGCGCAGCAAUUGGCUGUGGAGUAGCCAGCAGUAGCUACGGAGCUCGGCCCUACUUCCUUCGUGAGGAGCUUGUUCAUGUCAUGACACAGUGUAGUGCAGAAUCGAAGCUGCCGCGUCUACCACCCACCACAGGAACUCCCAGGACUCUCUUCCAGUGCUUUGAGCUUGGUUACAUAAAAUAUGCGAUGUCCGCGGGAAUGUCCGGUUCUUUCUCUGCUACUACACUUUUUCAUUUUGGCAGCCGGCCACGCAGAGCUCUCCCAAGAGUCUGGCAGACUCCUCUCCCUCUUUGCAGAACAAGGUCACCUGUCCCAGUCAGAGUCAGAUCUGUCCAUUGUCCACCCAGUGAAAACCAGUGGUGAUGGAGAGUUCAUCUCCCACUCUCUGUCACACCACUUCAAGGAUGGGAGAGUCAAGCGUGAUGUGCAACCCCUAGCUUUAGAAGGACAGGUUUACUACAAGCUCAAUUACAAGGGUCAAACUUUAAUGUUUAACUUGACUGCAAAUAAUCACCUGGUAUCAAAUGACUACAUCCUGGAGAGGAGGAAAGGCAGCGCCAACAGGACCAAGCAUGGUCUCUCUGAGGGGAACUCCUGCCACCUCAUUGGAACUGUGGAAACCUCUGGUGUACGUGGAACUGCUGCCAUCAGCACUUGUAAAGGACUGAGAGGCUUCUUCUCCCUGCCAGAGGGACACUAUUUUAUCGAACCCUUCCAGAAUCCUCCAGAUGAGCCUGCUGGGACUCCAGAACCCCACUUUGUCUACUCAAGAGUUACCACAGAAAAUCACAGAAAAAAGCGUAGUCCUGAGUCCAGAGAGACACGCAGCCCCUGUGGAGUUCAAGAUGCUCCAAGUGACUCUCUCCAGGCGGAGAGGGAGAGGGAGGAAUGGGAGAGGGAGCAGCGGAGGGGGCAGGAUCAGGCUCAGUUCCGCUCCCGGCGCUCAGUCAGCAGAGAGCGAUGGGUGGAGACCAUGGUGGUGGCUGACUCCAGACUCAUCGAAUACCACGGGACCGAUAGUGUGGAGUCAUACAUCUUCACCAUCAUGAACAUGGUGGCGGGGAUCUUCCAUGAUGCGAGUAUUGGGAACGCCAUCCAUGUCACUUUGGUGCGCCUAAUUUUGCUACAGGAAGAAGAGAAAGAGCUGAAGAUUGUUCACCAUGCAGACACCACUUUGGCCAGUUUCUGUGCUUGGCAGAAAAACCUCAAUCCCCAGAGUGACACACAUCCAGCUCAUCAUGACCUGGCUCUGCUGGUUACCAGGAAAGACAUUUGUGCUGGAAUGAACCAGCCCUGUGAGACCCUGGGUCUGUCUCAUCUGUCGGGAAUGUGUCAACCUCACCGCAGCUGCAACAUUAACGAGGAUUCGGGGCUGCCUGUUGCCUUUACCAUCGCUCAUGAAAUGGGCCACAGUUUUGGAAUUCAUCAUGAUGGCCAAGGGAAUGACUGUGAGCACGGAUGGAGGCACCCAUUCAUUAUGUCCAGACAGCUGAUGUAUGACAGCUCGCCUCUCACUUGGUCCUCCUGCUCCAAAGACUACAUCACACGCUUCCUCGAUCGUGGCUGGGGUUUCUGUCUGGAUGACCGUCCCUCCAGGAGGGACCUGACCACCCCUCUGGCUCGCCUCGGUGUCCGCUACACCACACACCACCAGUGCCAGCUCCAGUAUGGCCCAAACACUACCUUUUGCCCAGAGAUUGAUAAUGUUUGCCAGAUUCUUUGGUGUUCAGUGAAUGGCUCCUGUCGCUCCAAACUGGACUCACCUAUAGAUGGCACUCGCUGUGGACCAGAGAAGUGGUGUAUCUCAGGACAGUGUGUGAUUGUGGGUAAACUCCCAGAGACGGUGAAUGGAGGCUGGGGACAGUGGAGCACCUGGUCUCAUUGCUCCAGGACCUGUGGAACAGGUGUUCAGUCAGCAGAGAGGGAAUGCGACAACCCUAAACCGGAGUUUGGGGGCAAGUACUGCACUGGAGAAAGGAAGCGUUAUCGCACUUGUAACACAAAACCCUGCCAGAAGAAUAAACCAACUUUUCGAGAGAUGCUGUGCAGCGAGUUUGACACCGUGCUCUACCACAAUGAGCUCUACCAAUGGGUUCCUGUGGCUAACCCAUUAAAUCCCUGCGAGCUGCACUGUCGACCAGUCACUGAGUAUUUUUCAGAGAAGAUGCUUGACACUGUGACAGAUGGAACACCGUGUUUCAUGAACAACAAGUCCAGAAACAUCUGCGUCAACGGAGCGUGCAAGGAGGUAGGCUGUGACUAUGGUAUUGACUCCAAUGCAGUGGAGGAUCGCUGUGGAGUGUGUCUGGGUGAUGGCAUGAGCUGUGGGACCGUCUAUAAGUCAUUUGAUGAAGAAGAAGGUUUUGGGUAUGUGGACGUGGGCGUGAUACCGGAGGGGGCGCGGGACAUCCUGGUGAAGGAAGUGAAGGAUGCAGGUAAUUUCCUGGCUCUGAAAAGUGAGGCAUCAGAGGAGUACUUCCUCAAUGGCAACUACAUCAUCCAGUGGAGUGGGGAGUACGAGGCCGGUGGGACGACAUUCUACUACGAACGCAGCGGGAACAUGGAGAACCUCACUGCUUCUGGACCCACCAAUCAGCCAAUCAUGCUCCAGUUGCUGUUUCAGGAGAAGAACCCAGGUAUAAAGUAUGAGUACACCAUUAAGAAGACAAAAGAGACAGAAAAUGAGACCAUCAAACCCAUUUACAGUUGGAGACAUGGGGCGUGGACAUACUGCAGCGCCACCUGUGGCUUAGGUGAACAGCACCAGCCUGUGCGUUGUUUUGAGAUGGACGUAGGCGUAGUAGAUGAGUCUCUGUGUGACCCAGACAGCCGUCCCGAAGACAGACACAGGAAAUGCAAGAAUAUGGAUUGUCCUGCAAGGUGGUGGGUGGGGGGCUGGCAGCAGUGUACAGCCACCUGUGGAUCAGAUGGGGUGAGGAAGCGAACAGUGCUCUGUGUUCGUACAGUAUCAGGGGAAGAAAGGGUACUGCACCCUGUGGAGUGCAAGCAUCUCAUGAAACCCAAGCCUGUGGUGCUGUGUAACAGAGAUGUACCCUGUGCACAAGACUGGGCUGUUGGCACCUGGGAAGAGUGCCCAGUCACAUGUGGAGGAGGGGUUCGCUCACGCACAGUCACAUGUGCACUAGCACCCAAAAAGACCUGUGACCUCUCAACCAAACCUCGGGCCAGAUCACUGUGUGCCCUACAGAGCUGUCCUAAGUCAAAUCUACGCAGACAACCCAGGCCUCCCCCUACAUACCGCCGUGUUUACCCACCUAAGAACCAACCCACAGCCACAGCUCCGCCCACAGCUGCUGUCACCACCACAUCCUUUUCACCUGAAACCACUGUUCCUGAAAUCAUAGAUGCAGAUGAUUAUGAGUUCAGUGUUAUAGUGAGGAAAAACAGGGAUAAGAAUGGGAGAGUUUUCCCUAAUAAAUUCAGUUCUGCUGAAAAGGAAAGGAAGGCGACUGAUGUGGACAAGGAAAAGAUAGAAGAGGGGGAGGAAGGAGAGGAGGGGAGUACACCAGAUGUGGUGAGGUACACUCCAGGAUAUGAUUAUGUUGUUGAGGACAGGACUAAAGAGGAGGAGGAAGAGACUCUUGACCUGGAUGUUUUUACCACAGCUACUUCACUCAAAAAUCCUCUUAAAUCAACCACAACACUACCACAUAUCACACCUACUUUACAAACAGAUCCACCUACCAUGCGCACAACCAGCAGAGCCCGCACCACAACUGCCUACACUAACACACACGCCAGCACUGAAAUGUGGGCAGAGACCACCCACCAUUCAUCCAGCCCCAACACCACACUUCACAUCAGUCCAUACAGCCCCUGGACACACAGGGUUCCCCUCACCACCCCCACAUACAAGAAACACUCAGUCCCAUUGAAAACUGGCUUCCGUACAACACAAUCUCCUUCCACAACAGGGAGAACACUAUUCACCACUGUAGCAUCAUCCCAGCCCACGGUAAAGAUUAUAAAACUGAAGAAGCCUGCUGCGACACCCAAGAAAAACAGUUCUGUCUCCCAUGCUAAAAAGCCCACUCCCCAGUCCAAAGGCAGUCACUCCGAGAGCCAAAACCAGCGAUCACAAAGUCCAGUGAGCAGCUCUGCUGGUGACCAAAGCAACUUGAUGGUCAGAGAGCCAGUCAGCAUGGAUAUAUUCUGGGUUGUAGGAAACUGGAGUGAGUGCUCAACAACGUGUGGGAUUGGCGCAAUAUGGCGAACAGUCAUGUGUAGCUCUCGAAAUGAUGAGGACUGUGCCAACAUGAAGAGACCUGAGCCUGCACGUACAUGUCACCUGCAGCCCUGUGCCAUAUGGCAAAGUGGCAGCUGGAGCAAGUGUCCAGAUAAGUGUGCAGUGGUAGGAAGGAGGUUCCGUGAUGUCCAGUGUGUCGAUUCUCAGAGUAAACGUCCCCUCAGACCUUUCCACUGUCAAGCUGUGUCCAGCAGACCCCUCAGCACCUUAACCUGCCCACACAAGCCUUGUAUGACCUGGACUACAUCGGCCUGGGGACCUUGCUCUGGCAGCUGUGGUGAUGGCAUCAGGGAGCGACUGGUGUACUGCCCUGAGCCUCAUCGUUGUAGCACCACACUGAGGCCAAACAGCACAGAACCGUGCAGUUUAAAGCCCUGCGCUCACUGGAAGACUGGGCACUGGGAGGAGGUCAGUCACACAAGGCUGAGAUUUCCUUGA